ACAAGAUUAACCUGCCUGUACAGAGUUGGCUUCGGAAAGACUACGCCGGGAACUACGACACAUCGUCCCGCGGUAGCAGCGCUUCCCCGGCACAACCCGAGUCCUUUACCAGUGGAAGCAGUACAAUCGGCAGUCCAAUCUCUACCUCAAGUUACCAGAAGUACAGAAUCGACAUGCCUGGCUCUAGCAGUGCCUUCAUUCCUACCAUCAACGCUAUCACUACCAGUCAGGACCUCCAGUGGAUGGUUCAGCCUACAGUUAUCACCUCCAUGUCCAACCCAUACUCCCGUUCUCACCCAUACGGCCUCUCAGUGUCCAGUGGCCACGGUCUUCUUGGCCAUACCGCUCUUGCCCGUCCCGGGGUCAUCCGCUCCAUUGGCGAUGCUCGCGGAAGACGCAAAAGGGAUGAACAACUUACCCCGGAGGAAGAGGAGAAAAGACGAGUGAGGCGUGAGAGGAACAAACUGGCUGCUGCCAAGUGCCGUAACCGCAGGAGGGAACUGACCGAGAUGCUGCAAGGGGAGACUGAAAAGUUGGAAGAAGAGAAGGCUGACCUGCAGAAAGAGAUUGAGACGCUGCAGAAGGAAAAGGACAAACUGGAAUUCAUGCUGGUGGCCCACAACCCCAUCUGCAAGCUUCCGCUAGAGGAGCGGCACCAUGUGAGUCACUCCCAGCAAUGCGCCCCUCUCCCUCUGACCAUGCGCUCCAACAUGACCGCUGGAAGCACUCUCAACACCCUCAACCCAGUUGUGGUGAAGCAAGAGCCUUUGGAGGAUGAGGUGGAGGAAGAUGGAAAGACCCAGCACUCUGUUAUCAAACCCAUGUGCCUGGGCGGCGGCAUAUAUGGCUCGGAUGGAGACAGUCUUAACACGCCCGUGGUUGCUGCCUCCACUCCUGUGUCCACUCCAAGUGCACCCAAUCUGAUUUUCACUUAUCCCAGCAUGCUGGAGACAGAGAGUCCAUCGCCAUCCUCAGAGUCCUGCUCGAAGGCCCACCGAAGAAGUAGCAGCAGCGGAGAUCAGUCGUCAGACUCCCUCAACUCACCCACGCUUCUAGCUCUCUGAGCGACUGUGGUUCCACAGCACUGUUUCAGCACAAGAGAUCUCCUGAGGACACUUCGCUGGAAUUGAACAAGGACUUGUUC